CUGAAUCAGGGUUGGCGUGCGUCCGGUCUCGCACUAAGUACUUCAUCCAACGAAUGUGCAAGACUCCUAGAUGGGGCAGUUAGGCAACUUGUUUCCUGGUCAGAUUGUGAUGCUCUAGGAGGUUUUCAUAAAACAUUGGCGGAUUUGAAAGCUGCAGAUCCAGAUGCAGUUAUGCCAAGAGCUUUUCGACAUGCCCUGGAAGCGCUCGGCACGAGCUCGUGUGCUAGGGUUAACGAAACCUUGAGGACAAAUUUAGAACAACUUCAGAAAGAUGCUAUAGCUUACGGCAACGAAAGGGAACAGAAACAUGCUAGGGCAGCUCAACUAUAUGCACAAGGAAAAAUGCGAGCAGCUGUAAAUGUUUGGGAAGAAAUUCUAGUCGACUACCCAACUGAUCUUAUUGCUAUCAAAUUCGCCCAUGAAGCGUACUUCUUUAUGGGUGACGCUAAGGGUAAACGUGAUUCAGUGCAAGCUGUGUUGCCCAAACACAAAGGCACAGAGCCAUGUUAU